AUGGCGACUGCAAGAAAAAAUUUCAACUUGUCAGAAGUUUUGGAGGAGCUGUUUCGGAGUGAUUCUGGGGAGGAAUUUGAGAAUAAUUCUUCAGAAGUAGACUCUUUUGAUUCAGCUGAGGAGCAUGCAUUUCAGCAAGGACUGGAUCCAGUCCUUGACCUGGAAGAUCAUGCUCCAUCUUCGGAUUCUCCUGCACCCCCCACCACCACACCUACAGCCCCCACUACCACACCAACAACCCCCACCACCACACCUACAGCCCCCACCACCACACCUACAGCCCCCACCACCACACCAACAACCCCCACUACUACUUUGCUGUCUUCUUCUGGUUCAAGACCUGCCAAAAGACAGAGGAGAAUCUGUUCUGAACAAGUAACAAGGUGGAACAGUAAAGAUGAAGCAGAUGUGACGCCAGUUCUUCACCCCUUUACACCUGUUAGAAAUCCUGGAGUACAGCUGGACAGCCACCAAGAGUACACACCCCUUCAGUUGUUCCAGUUAUUCAUGGGAGGCUCAACAGUCAUAACUCUCUGCCAGAAUACAAACAAGUAUGCGGCAAACAGGCAGGAAAAAGGAAUGAAGACACCAUGGUACCCUGUGACUGACUUGGAAAUGUACCAGUUCCUAAGUUUGAUCAUUUACUGUGGCCUGAUAAAACCGUCUACAGCACGAGACCUGUGGAGGAAGGACAGACUCCACACCUUUCCAUUCCCUGCUUCUGUGAUGGCUGGUUGCAGAUUUGAAGCCAUAUUCUGGAAUCUGCACAUGAGUGACAUUGAAGAGGAUUUAAAGAAUGAUGGGCUAAGAGGCACCAGCAGGUAUGAUCGUCUUGCUCGUUUGAGGCCCCUCAUGGAUGAAAUUAAGAUUGCCUGCAAAGCUUUUUACCAGCCAGAUCAAAACCUAGCCAUUGACGAGCGUAUGGUCGCAACAAAGUCCCGUAUUGGAAUCAAGCAAUACAUGAAGGACAAACCAACAAAGUGGGGUUUCAAGCUCUUUGUCCUUGCUAAUUCCAAAAAUGGCUACACCUGCGGCUUCAACGUUUAUCAAGGCAAGUGUCAGUCACCAUCUGGAAAGGGCCUGAGUUAUGAUUCUGUGAUGGACCUUUUGUCUGCCGCCUCUCUGGGUACAGGUUACCAUAUAUAUGUUGACAACUUUUACACCAGCACCACUCUCUUCCGUGACCUACACAGCAGAAGACUGGAGGCAUGUGGCACCAUCAGGGAGAAUCGCAUUGGCUUCCCCAAAACCAAAGAAAAUGCUCUCCCAAAGAAAGCCAGCAGAGGUGACAUCAGGUGGAUCAGAGAAGGCCCACUACUCUAUGUUAAGUGGAUGGACACUCGUGAGGUGACAGUUUGCUCAACUAACCACCAAGCAUAUUGCGGAGCAACAGUCCAGCGUAGAGUAAAAAGCAGAGAUGGCACCUGGUCCCUGCAAUCCAUCCCUGUUCCAGAACCAGUGAGGGCAUAUAACAAGUACAUGGGGGGAGUCGACCUUUCUGAUGCUCUCAUCAAGUAUUUCAGUGUCUCACAAAAGACAAUGAAGUGGUACAAGAAAUUGUUUCUUCAUUUUGUGGACAUUGCUGUGGUGAACAGCUACAUCAUUCACCGAGAGCUAAGUCUGGCCAAGGAGGAGAAACCUCUCACUCAGAAAGGUUUCAGAGAAGCCCUGUGCUUGCAGCUUGCUGACCUUGGAAGUGAAAGCCGCAGAGCAUCAGGAGCUGCUGAGCUAGAGCAGGAAGAGGGAGUUCUACAGCCACCAGGGGAUGCAGGGGAGAGAGGAUGCUAUCCUGUCCCAAUAGUAGAUCCAUCAUUUGCUGCUAAAAGAGACAAAGCAUCAGCUGGACGGAGAAACUGUGUACUUUGCCUGCAAAAGAAGAAGUACACCAAGACCAUCUACAAGUGCAGGUCUUGUGACGUCCCUCUUUGCAUAAUUGUAGACCGUCUCUGCUUCACUGAAUGGCAUGACAGAAAAGGCAGCAAAGCUUAG